AUGAAGCACAGCUGGCUGCCGCUCCUCUUUAUCCCAACGAACGCGUCGCCGAUCUUCAUAUUCCUCUUCUUCGUCUGCACAUACUUCCUCAACAGGCCCUGCGUCUACUGCUCCUUCCUGCUCCUGAUUCUCUUCGCCUCAUCGUGCAACUGGGCGGACCAAUGUUUCUUCGACUUCUCCUCGAACUGGUUUGAGGCGCGGCCUCUACCAGCGCCAAUGGGCGCCGACGGCAACCUUACCUGCACGGCAUUCAAUAACACAUCGAUACCGGGUAACACUUUUGAGCAGGCCAUGAUAAUAGCGGGGUCCAUGAACAGCACGGCGAAGACACUUGGUGGCGUGGCGUUCCAAGAGCUUCAGAAGCGACUCCCGGAACGGCCGGAGUGGACAGGCAUUGGUGUUGGCUGGCUCAGGAGUCUUUUGGGCAGGAGGGAAUGGACCCUUCCGUGCGUGGAUGUCAACGUCAGGCUAUGA